UCAUGAGUGACACGGUGACAAAUUGUGAGAAGGCCGAGUUGCACGUGGUUUGUGUCUUGAGAGGUAGUCGAUUUUCCCUUUUUAGUGUCCUCAAGUUCAUUCUGAAAAAGAUUUCUAAUCACAAUGGAAUCAUCUCUGGGCUGUGUGUAUGUGUGUGUUCCAUUGAGAAAAAAUGAAGCUGAGAGAGUCUAGCGACACUGACGAAUAGCAGUCAUAAAAUGGGUUGAAGAUCCUACCUGGUUUGCUUCUAACUCUUCAGUUGUUCUUUUCAUCUUCUUUUUCUGCCCACCUGGAACAAAUUGGCGGAGUGAAAGGGGGGAUAGAUCUCAGAUGUAGCAGAAGAAAGAAAAAUGUUUUCCAGUCGAGUAAGUCCCGUCUGCUGCUGGCUGUGAUGGGUUUAUCCCCAACGGAAUUUUAAUUCUCAACAAGUUCCUUCUUUCCCUUUUUUUUAUCUCCUUGAAAAAAUUUAUCGUUCUGUCUAAUAGUUUAUGUGGACCAAAUAGGAAGAUAAGAUGGAACUUAUCAAGAUGGAAAACAAAAAAGCACUUGAACUUUUUUUUUCCUGACUCGCCGCCCACUACAGUUUCUGCUGGUAUCGCUCCCGAUAACACACACAAUCCUCCUGGAAAUCAACACCAUUAUAGGAACCGUCUCUCAGCACCAGCAUCGUCGCAGAGAUAGGAAAUGUACAUAUUUAUACACUGGGUGGGCCACCACCACCCAUCUCCAUCUGUAUGACAAUGAUAUUAUACUUUACAGCAUGUUGCUAAUGAUGAUGGGCUAGCUCUGGAUAUAGUCGGCGUAUCCAAUGCUUGUGUCUACCUAUUGAGAAUAUUCGUCGGAAGUUAUACAGCGUCACGGAGAUGAUGGGGCAAUCAACACCUGGGUGCUCAUCAUCAACCCCCCAGCUUCUGAUUAGAGAAAAGGUGUCGACGGACUAAUACAACACAUGGUCUAUAGCAGCUCGGCUGGCGGUUGAUGAGAAACUUAUGGUCCGUUUUCUUUUUCAACCGACGGCCAAAAAUUCUUUUCCCACGGAAUGGCAUGGAACGGCGGCGGCCGUUCAUCAUCAUUUGGAGAUUUGACCCACAAAUAGCCGCAGCUUUCGACAAUAUACGACCGACCACAAUCAAUGAAAAUGACGAGACGCAAUCUCCUCGGGAAAUAAAACACAACGCCAGUUGAUUGGGAGAGAAGGGGAAUAAGUGUAGGAAAAAGCGACAGACAUGGCGACCCUUCAUUCCAGCUCGACGGGCGGUGGCGGCGUCGUUGGUGCUUCCGGCGCCGCUGGGGGACGAACAUCUGUCGUCCGGGCGCCGAUCAGCGCCUCGCUGCCCAGCUUAUUUGCCCGAACAUUACCUACGCAGUCCAACCGACACCGACAGUCAUCCCAACAACAGCCGGCCAGCCGUACGACUCCAGCAGCAACCGACGUCCAUCGAGGACGGCUCGUGUCGACGGAAUGCCAGACGGAAAUGGAGGAUUCUGUCCAGCAGAACGUCAGGGUGGAAAACGCUCGAAAUGAAACGUCGACAGGAGGAGGAGGAGGAGGAGCCGUGGUUGUAUUAUUGGAUCCCAGCGGUCGCACCCGAAGUCGGCCCGUCUCCCAGUUGAGUGAGAGUGGACUGAGCGGAGUGGAGGAAGCCGUGACGGAGCUGGAACGAGGUCCACCACGGCGGAGGCGUCGCGAGAAGCGACGACAUCGGCGAUCAUCGCAGGUGCCGGCCCAACCGCUCCAGCAGCACGUCCAGCAAGCGCUGCACGAUCAGACGGAAUUGUCGGUGGAUUCCCUGUCGGCCGCUCCGGUCUCGCCCAGCAACUCGGAUCAUCUGCCCGACAUCCUCAACGCCCACAUGCCUCCGCCGUACUCGACGCUUCCGCACAAUAGCGAGCGCUGCAUGGGCAUGGGACCCAUCCCCAUCACGGCGUUGCCCGUCCCAUUGUCCGUCGUUCCCAUGGCCAUCGGGCCGACGGCCGCCGGUGGUGGCUUAUUGGUGCCUCCUUCCACCACCACAACUCCGGCCGUAGUGGUACCCGCCGGCGGAGGCAGCACAUCACUUUUAGCCAGCAAUAGUUUCACCUUGCCGCCAGCCGGUGGUCGACGAUCUCGGGGAUCGAUGUACGCCGGCGAAGAGAGCGGCAAAUCGUGUUGCGGGGUGAUGGUGACGCAAACGGUUUCCAUCCGCUGGUUUAUCGUCAUGAUCGCCUUCGUCGGCAUCUGCUGCGCAGUUGUGGGAACAGUCCUCGGGGCCAUGAGGUCUUCCGGACGGGAACACCUUACCGUUUCCCUCCUCAUGAUUGGUGUGGGGAUCGUGUUGAUCACGGUCAGCACGAUAGCGUGGAGGUUGACGUCACAGGACGCCCCGUCGUGUCGCGCCAUGAUGGGAUUGGGUGGAUCGUCGAUGACGGGCGCUGGUGGAUUGCCCGUGGCGGAGAAUGGCGAAUGCGGAGGAGGAGGUGCCGGAGGACUGACUGGCGGGGCGGGAGUGGCCGAACCCAGCGGACGUCGCUUCCUCUCGCGAAUUCCGCCGACUUACGGGCGGCCGCACCAUCCUUACGCCGCCAUGAUGUAUCCGGAAUUCCAAUACAGGCCGCCGCCACCUUCCUAUCAGGCUUCCAUGCAAGAGUACCGGCUCCGGCUCCUGCUGCUGGAUCGAGACAGGCACCAACAGCAAUUGCAACAACAGCAACAACAGCAGCAGCAACAGCAACAACACAGUACGCCUCUUAGUCGGGCGUGUGUGGCUGCCAGUAGCGUUCCAGUUGCGCCCGUUUCACCUCCGCCAACCUAUCGGUCACAAGCCAACACCCUCCUAAGGCCGUCACUGCCGAUCCGGGAGAGUGAAAUUAGUCGUCCGCCCAGUUACCGAUCGAGGAGUAGUGCCUCUACGGCCAUCGAGGCCAGAAACAACCCCGAGUCGCAACAACAACAACAUCAUCAUCAGCAGCCGAGGGCGGAAGAGCAGCAGCCGACUCCGUCGAGUUGUACCGAGGCAUUAAUUCACCAUCAGGUGGCGAUGGUGGAAGCCAAAAUCAAAAGUGCCGCUCCGUCGUUUGUGGACGAGUCGCAGCAACAGCCGUCGAGCAAACGAGACAAGGACAACAACACAGUCACGAUCGUGCAGACCAAUUCGUCCAGUCAGGUGCUGGGCUGCCACAACAGCCAAUCGUCGCCCGUUUUGGUUACAGUCACAACUUCCCCAACUGUCCACCAUCCGCCGUCUUCCUCGUCGCCAACCGGCUCACAGAAUCUCCAAGUUCUGGCACAGUUAUGACACUAAUAGUGUCGUGUCGGUGUCGCAGUUAUUCUAUUUCUUUUUUUAAGUGUUACUAUUCAAAAAGAAAAAUUACUGUUAUGAAAUUGUUCAUGCUUCAUAACAUUCCCCCCACUCCCUCCUCUUUUUUUUAUUGUGCGUGUGUGUCGGAUGGCGCGUAUACAAAAACCUUCCGGAAGGGCAAAAAAAAACAAACAAAAAUUUGGACAGAGCCUAGCAGCUUUUUUUCAAAAAAGUCAUUGGAACUCGUUGAGCCGUUCCAAAAAAAACCAACACUCGGCAAGACCACACAUAAAUCAUCUGUUGACAAGUUCCUACGCGUCCUCUUUUAUAUAUAUAUUUGACAUAUUUCCCCCAAAUCGGAUCAAUUUGUCAUCCGAAGACAACUCAAAAUGUUUCAAAAAACUUCCCUUUUUCUUUUAUUUCUGUUUUAACAGAAAUAUGUUUCAAAUUUACGCGGGGGGAACAUUUUUUUUGUAUUUUCUAAAUUGCAUGCUAAUGAAUUAAAAAGGAAUUUUUGUUUUCCUUUUU